AUGCAGAAGAAAUACUUCUGGACGAUAUGCGCAGGGCUCGCAUGUGCAACGCAAGACGAGCCCGCAAACGCAAAUCACAUCUUCAACGCUAUUCAAUCAACCCUCAGACAUUAUGAAACAGCCCUCAAUCCCUACGGCAUGUCCUUCCACCUCGCCACGGCACCAAAGGGCACACGAUUUUACCACGGAACGGGUACCCCGGACCCAAUAACUGGGGUAGAAUGGCUUGCCUUCAAGCCGCAGCACUCCCUCGGUUUCGCCCAUCGCAGCGGCCGCAAGCAGAAGAGAUCAGACACCCAGCAGCCGCUCAACAAAGCUGCGGAUAUUACCACUGAGUCUCCAGGACAAGCUGGGUAUCUGCACACCUAUGCCGCAGCUAAGGAUCUCCGUCUCUUGUAUAUAGACGGUAUGUCCGCAGGGCCAGGUGGUGCGCUCGAAGCUCAGGACCGGAUCUUGUUCAACGAUACAAUUGACAGUCCAUCCCUUGGUCCGCGUCCACCUGUUGGCGGCCCACCUGCCGAGAAAGAACGGGCGUUUCAAACAUGUCGUAUGGCGAAAGAGGUAUGGGGGGAUCGGAUUGAUGGAGUUGUGCGCACAGAGGGUGAUUUCGAGAUUCUUCUGUGUUCAUUUGAGCGUGACAUGGAGGUUGUGAGAAUCACGCAGACAAAGAAACAGGAUGGGCGAGGGAUCAGGACUCGUUCUGAAUCUGAACAUUCGAAGGAGAAAGAUAGGAGGCAUGGAAAAGGUCGUGGUCCUGGUUCUCGUGAGCCUCGCGGUCCAGUAAGGGGUGAUUGCUGUUCCAUCGCCACUAAGUAUGAUCAGUCAUUGGGACAAAAGGUUCGUUUGGACUUCGAUCACUUUGUUUCGGCUUUCGGGUAUGGCCUGGAUCUGUUCCCUGAUGGCUCCAGUCGCCCUGUCUUGCAUCAUAUUCCAACUGAGCUGCUGGAACCCGUGAGGCGGGAUAUCAAUUCCAUGGUCAAUACCUUGGAGCCCUCGUUAGAUUCCUUUAAUUGGCAGGCUAUUGCUGAUAUGAUUGUGUUCCGGUAUUCGGAGGAGUUGAAGAUUCUUGCUGCUGGAGACUUCAAUUCUGUCGAGUCGAUUCGUGGGAGGAUCGAGGCGGUUCUGGAGCCUUUUAUUGACUAUAGGGAGUUCGGCGCGAGGGAGGAUAUCGUUGAACUGUGUCAAAAUGAGUUUAUUCCAGCUUCUGCACCCACCAAGUCGGUUGGUGGGCGUGUCAUUUCUUCGGUUUCGAGGACCGUCUGCUCCACUUUGGUGUCGGGGUUGCUCGAUGGGGAAGACCUCAAUGACACGGUAGAAAGUUUCAAGCACCUGUUGAAGUAUCUGAACUGGACUACAUGGAAAGCCGAAUGA